AUGGGUGUUCCCACAUAUAAACCAGUCGUCGACGUCGACGACGCUCCUGCUGCUCCCGGCCUCAGUGCCCCGGCAGGCUACCGACGAGCCCGAGCUGGCACCAUGCCUUCCAACCUCCACGAAGCUGCCGCCCGAUACACCGCUCCCCCAGAUGAUGACCAGCCCACGAGCGCCACGACCGUGACGUCUGCGACGCCCACAGACGCCAAUUAUACCCGUACCUCGGCUCUGUCCCCUGCGUAUCCCCAAAACGCCAACGGCCGACCCACGUUGCGUCACACAUCUUCGUCGGCUGCCAACUUGGAAAACUCUGAGGCGCCAGCGCCCAACCGUCUCCGGUCUGGGUCGUUGACUCUGCCUUCUGCUGGUCUUGGGGAUGCCUUUGGACAUGGCGCAUUUAGCAACGCCUGGUUGUCAAACCCCGGCUUGACCACUGCUGCAUCUACCCCUGCUCGAAGUCCCCUGGCCUCCGAGUCGGCGGCCAGCCUGGCUACAGACGACCUCAACUUUUCGACCCUCGACUACCUCGGCCUUGCAGACGUGCCCGACCAUCUUCCUCCUGCCAGCAUGUCGGAGCUCCGAAGGCAGGCGCAGCAUGCGAUUGCUUCCAACGGACCUGCCAGUCGACACCGAGCGAGCACAGUGUCAAACUUUGCUCGUCCUUACCGUCCCAGCGUGACCUCCAUGGGCCAUUCUACCAACAACUUGUACGAUGGCAACAGCGAAGAAGAGGCGCUCGCGAGGGAGAUUGAGAAUCUCGGUAUUUACGACACGAGCUUCAUGUCCAAUCCCCAACUCGCCAACCUCUAUGCUCCUUCCAGCUUGUACAAGGAGUCGAACCGCCAGCGGGCGAGUACGAUUGGGGCGCUCGAGAACCCUCAGCGUCGGGGCCUUAGCAGAUCAUCGAGCUACCUGCAGAGCAUCCCCCAGUCACCCGUCCAGUCCGAGCUCUUGGCUCUGGGUACGUAUGGCUAUGGCAGGUCGAGGGACAAUAGCCGUGCUGGACGUCUAUCCAUUUCUUCCCAUACCAGUCGAGCUGGUACUCCUGAUGACAAGGGUUCUUCUACGCCCCAAGUGCCCACUAGAAGCUUGUGGAUCGGCAAUUUGGAUGUCAAUGCUACGAGCAGCGCAUUGUUGCAAGUCUUUGCGCCCUAUGGGGCCAUCGAGAGCGUCCGAAUGCUCCCCGAGAAGACCUGUGCGUUUGUCAACUUUAUGGACAAGGUCGACGCUAUCCGCGCUCGAGACGACGUUCUCAACCGUCUCGGUGGCCACGUCUCUGCUCUCUCCGAGACUGCUCCAGUGCGAAUCGGCUUUGGCAAGAUUGACUCUGCCCCCAACGGCCCUUCAUUGAGCACUGUUGCGCCCACCCCUCCCGGUCUCGUGUUUACCACCGAUACUCCUUCGGAUACCGCCCCUACCCCUGCGCCUGCGGUGUCUGCUGUGGCACCAUCUGUUGCCGACGCUCCUUCCGUCACCGUCCCGCCUCCAGCGAUGACUGGCGCCACCUUGAACGCGCCCGACGACCAGCUGAGCACGAUGCCCACCCGGGCGCUUUGGAUCGGUAGCAUCCCCAGCACCACCUCUGCUUCUACCCUCUUGCAGAUAUUCUCGCCUUUCGGGCCCGUAGAGUCGUCUCGUGUGCUGCAGAACAAGUGCUGCGGUUUCGUCAACUUUGAGCGCUUGGACUCUGCUGUCUCGGCGCGUAACGCGUUGAACACCAGGGAUAUCCUCGGCUCCGAUGUGGGUCCUAUCAGGAUUGGGUUUGCGCGAGUGCCUACGCGCUCGCCUACUGCUGGCGCCAACGGCCAGCCCCUGCCCGCCUCCCCAGAAGGCAGCAACCCUCUUGGAGAUGCCCUCAACACUGUCAAAGGCGCCACCUCUGUCUCUACCGAGCAGCAAAUGUCUGCCGAAGGCGGCGGUCUUGAGAAUUACCGCAGCCCUCUUGUACUUGACCUGGUCAAGCAAGGUGUGCACGAGCAGGUUCUUGAAAAGGGUCUGGCUGGUGCGAAUGGAGAAGUGUCAGACCAGCAGAUGAUCAUGCAGGUGCUGAGCUUGAAGAAGGAGGAGGAUGGGGAUGUCAAGGCGGCGGCCGAUGCAAGGCCUCCUGCUACAUACUAUACCGCCAUCCCCCCUCCCGCCGACCGCUCUAGCAGGCGUUUCGACACUGGUAAACUCAAAGAGAUCCGCAAGAAGCUCGAUGCCGGGCAGUGUAGGCAGGACGAAAUCGACGAUAUCACGAAGGAUCUCAUGGAAGAUUGUGCCGAGCUCGCCGCCGACUUUAUUGGCAACACCAUCAUCCAGAGACUCUUUGAACGUACUUCGUUCGCCCUCCGCAUUGCCAUGUUGGAGCGUAUCGCCCCUCACCUGGCCACCAUCGGCAUUCACAAAAAUGGUACUUGGGCCGCCCAAAAGAUCAUCGAGUGCAGCACUACCGGUGAAGAGCGUGCCAUCAUUGUCAACCACUUGCGGCCAUUCGCUCCUCCGCUCAUGUGCGACUCGUUGGGCAACUAUGUCUGUGCGGGUACACUGAGGUUUGGAGAUCCCUAUAAUGGGUAUGUCUUCGAUGCGAUGAUCGACAGGAUGUGGGACAUUGCGCAAAACAGGUUUGGGGCUAGGUGUAUGAGGACCUGUUUGGAGAGCAACAGCACCAGCUUAUACCAAAAGAAACGUAUCUCUACGGGCAUCAUUCUCAACUCGAUUCCGUUGGCUACCAAUCCCAACGGUGCUCUGCUGUUGACCUGGCUCGUCGAUUCGUCCAACCUCCCGGGUCGAUAUGGAUUGCUCGUCAACAGGUUCAUCCCUCAUAUCGCCCACCUCUGUACUCACAAGCUUGCCUCUUUGACUGUCUUGCGAAUAAUUACACAGACGACCGAGCCUGCUGCUAGCAGCAAUCUCGUGCGAUCCAUCUUCACCUCCACCAAUGAUCAGACCCUCAUUGAGAUCUUGACUGAUGCCAACAACGGUAACCAAGUCAUUGGCAAGAUCAUUGCUGUCAACACCAUUGAGGAGGAGCAAAAGAAGGAGAUGAUCGAAGCCGUUCGUCGAGUCUUGCCCAACAUCAAAGCGUCAAGCACGCCCCCUUAUAGGAUGUUGCUCGAGGCUGUCGGCCUUCCCGUUCCUGCGGGCUACAUGAGUGGCUCUCCCUUCGGCCGCUCUGGUACUCCUAAUUGGCAAGGCAACAACCGCGGCCAACAGCAGCAACAGCCCCAGGCGUACGGCCAAAACUUUUACUACAACCAGCCUAUGGGCGCUACAGGCUACGUCAAUGGAAUGGGUGGCAACUUGUCCCCGCUGUUGAUCCCUCAAAACAUGCCUCUAGGUCAAAUGAGGGGUAGCCCGGGGAUGGGCAAGAGCCCGAGAACCCCGGUAGCUAGGCAAGGCGGCAGGAUGAGUCCUGCCUCCAUGAUGAGCCCUGCUUCGGACCCUUUCAACCCGUUUGCGUCGCCCAGCGUCGACAUGCCGUUUAGUAAUCAAGGUAUGCGCAUGGGGUCGACGCUAAGUCAGCCUCCUGUGACAUUUGAGCAGCAAGGUUCGGUCGGUGCCGGUCUUGGCUUUGGUGGCCAAGGUGGUGGCGGCUUGAUGUUCUAUGGACAGAACGAACCUCGGCAGAUGUAUGGCCAAGCUGGUGGCUAUCAAUAA